GGUGUUGCUGUUAUGAAUGAUAUUUCCUCUCAUCCGACUGCCUAUCUACCUAAAUGCCUUGCAAAAAAAACAAAAAAAACGCAUAUUCGAUAUUCAGGAUCUCCGUUUGGCUGCAGAGGAGCUGGGUUCACAUCUCCCUCUGAAGGCGCUCUGAUUUGUAAGGCGAAAUCGAAGUGGGCGUGUCCAAGGGUGGAAUGCUGUAGGAUCCAGCCCGCCUCAGGUGUAGUGCGGGAUCCAAUUCAUAUCAGGGACAUGCUCCAUUUCAUACACUAGUAGUAGUAGUAGUGGGCAAUUUGUGGUAUGAGUUGUUGUUUUUUUUGCUGCGUAAAAUUUAAACACCAAGUUAGAAUAGAGCGCGUAAUUACGCAUUGCGUUUCUUCAGCUCCUGGCUCUCUCUAUGUCCUGCUGAAGAACCGAGUACCUGCUCAUAAGAUUUCAUGUGAAGGAGUUCCUCCGGGAGUACUUUUGUUUGGAUUCUCUUGGGAACGCAUGUUUUGGAGACUUUCGAGAGCUUUUUCGAGAAGUAUACAGUUCAAGGACUUUGGGGAAUCUGAACAUUUUGGUGGACUAUGGAUCCAUGGACGUGAAAGAAUACAACCUAUAAACGACAUUGCAAUAUUUUUGAUAUUUUGAAUUUCCGAGAAAAUACGAUUUUCACAUCAUCACCCUGAUUAUGAGGAGAACAGCAAUGUUUUGUCUUUGACGAGGAGACGCUGGAAUAAAGAGAAAGAUGUUUCUUAUUUGGAUGGAUUAGGAGAAAGUUGCUGAACACUUUCUCUCGGGAGAAAAUAAAUAAGACAUGAGUGGUCUGGGCUUUAAAUCGAUAUCUAUAUAUAUAUUAAAUAUCAUAUUCUGGAGCGUCUCGUCAUGGAAUUUGUGUCGCAACUGUUGACUCGGUGAUAAAGGCGCGACUCGCACCUGACCACAGAUGUGGAUCCACAUCUGAUCCGUGCUCCCGAGGAUCUACCAUGUCGUCCUCGUUCAUGAGGAAGCUGCCUCUGUGCCAGGCCCUGAUCUGUAUCCUGCUACUGCUGCUGGGGUCGCCUGUCUGCCCGUCCUCUAGUCAGAGUUCGUCCUGGGGGUCUGCGUGGGGGUCUGCCGGGGCGGGCUCCCCAGGGGCGGGUUCCCCAGGGGCGGGCUCCCCGGGGCGGGCUCCCCCGGGGCCCCUCUGCGCGUGCGGCGGCAGCUGCACCUCAGGAACGAGUGGGCCUCCUGGAGCGGCUGGUCCAUGUGCUCGCGCACCUGUGGGGGCGGGGCCUCCGUCCGCACACGCACCUGCAUCACCAGGAAUCCAGUGGGAGGGCCAUGUGCCGGGGAGCCCAGACAAUACAAGAUAUGCAACACCAAGGAGUGUGCUCCAGGCUCGGAGGACUUCAGAGAGAUGCAGUGUGCUGCCUACAAUGACAGACCGCUCGUGGCGGGGAUUGCAUACAGGUGGACAACCUUCAGUGGAGGGUCCAACCCGUGUGAGCUGAGCUGCCUUGCCCAUGGGCACAACUUCUACUUCAACUUUGGCCGCGUGUUGGACGGAACUUCCUGUAGCAAGGAGGCGGGGGCUGUGUGUGUCAACGGACGAUGCUUGAUGCCAGGCUGCGACUACAUCCUGGGGUCCGACCAGCAGGAGGACGCCUGCAUGGUGUGUGGGGGGCACAACAGCUCCUGUCUGCACCACAAGAGUGUGUACCAGAGCACUGGCCAGGAGGCAGGUGGGAACCACACACACACACCGACGCGCUCACACACACAAACAUGCAUGCAAACACACUCACGCGCACACAUACAUUCGGAUAAAAUAGACGUGAACCGUGACGACUGCCUUGCACAACAAGAGCGCUGGCGGCGGUCCAAGCUGAGCUCUGGUGGCGCGCAGCGGGACCUUGGCAGAUGGAAGCAUUUUAUCUUGUUUUCGUGUGUGUGUGUGUGUGUGCAAGUGUGUGUGUGCGCGUGCGCGCGUGUGUGUGUGUGCGCGUGUGCGUGCGUGUACGUGCGUGUCUGUCCACAGGUGCUGGCGACCGACAGUAACCCCGGGAUAGAGUACGAGUACUGGCUCCCGCCCGACCGCUACGACCUCUACCACGGUCGGAGGAGCCCCCUGCGUCAGCCCCACCACACCGGCUACCCGCCCUGGGCUCAGCCCCCCUCCAUCACCACCUCCACCACCUCCACCACCACAACCAGCCGGCCGCCGCCCGUCUCCGUCAGACCAAAAUGGGUUCACCCAGGGGGCAGACCGGCCAAGCCCAAACGCCCGACCUCGACGCACGACCGCCACCGCCCGGACCACCGCCCGGACCACCGCCCGGACCACCGCCCGGACCACCGCCCGGACCACCGCCCGGACCACCACCAGCCCAUCCUGCCUCGUCUGGAGAGGGAGGACAGCCACAGGAACCUCCUGCCCCACUCCCCUCCUGACAGGUAUUGUGGGAAGUGUAGGCGGGUCCGGGGUCGCGGGGAGCGCCAGCGGCAGUACUGCACCAUGGACUUCGUGUUCCGGGCCAAGGUGAUGGGGAAGCUGUACCGCGGGGAGGAGACGCGCUACGACGUGCAGGUGCUGCACACCUACCGCAACCGCUACCGCCUGGAGCACCGCGAGUUCCUGUGGGUGUCCAACGUGUGCGACUGCCCCCACCUGGAGCCGGGCCGGCAGUACGUGCUGAUGGUGCGGCGGCACAUCAACCACGAGCGCACGCUGGACCGCAUCCUGCUGGAGGAGGGCAGCUUCGCCACGCCGUACCGCCCCAGAGAGGACGCCCUGCUCAGGCCCCUGGAGGGGACCUGCAGCGACAGGGGGGCCAAGGGGGCAGCCAAGGGGGGGGCCAAGGGGGCGGCCGAGCUCAGGGGGUGAGGGAGAGACUGGGAGAGAGAGAGAGAGGGAGAGAUACUGAGAGAGAGAGAGAGAGAGAGAGAGAGAGAGAGAGAGAGAGAGAGAGAGAGAGAGAGAGA